AUGCACACCGCUGCAAGAUGUACUUUAUGCGCAAGCACAUUUACGGUGAAAUUUGAUGGCGUCAGCGCUGUCAAGCAUCACGCGUCAACGCAGAAACGUAAGCAGAAGAGCCUCGCCUCGAAACAAUCGGCUACGCUCACGAAGUUCUUCGCUCCAGCGACUUCUAGCGCAGAAGAUAAGGUGACUGCUGCAGAACUGGGCACCAUAUUCCACGGCAUCAAGCACAACUACAGUUACCGGUUAAUGGAUUGUGGCAGCAAGUUUGCGUCAGAAGUCUUCCCGGACUCAGACGUCGCUUGCAGAAUGCGACUUGGAAGAACGAAGAUGGAACACCCCGUGAAAGAUGUGCUGGUGCCUCAUGCAGUGGAGUGCAUAGUCGAGAAACUUUGCCCAGCAGGCCGCUACCUCCCGUUUGCUCUGUGCACGGAUGCCUCCAACAAGGGAAAUAGAAAACAUUUCCCCAUCGCCGAGCGCUUCUACGACGUGAAUGGUGCCGGAAUAACGGACGCUUUCUUCGACUUCUGUGAGCAGGCGGACGAGACUUCCGGCGGCAUCUGCGAACUCUUGGCAACAAGUUUGGAGAAGGUGGGUCUUCCUUUAAAGCGAGCUGUAGCGUAUAGCGCGGAUAACGCUUCUGUGAAUUAUGGGAAACACAACUCCGUUUUCCGGAAGAUGCAGAAAGAUCAGCCGCACUUGUUGAAGGCCAAUUGUAAUUGCCGUGUAGUGCACAACGCUGCCAUGCACGCAGUGAAGUCUUUAAAGAAUAUAGCAAAGUGCUGGGUCAUCAAGUGA